UGCGACCAAUGACCAUCACCGCUGUUGGCCGCUGGCGACGCCACUGCCGUCCCUUCUACUCUCUGCGCCACCACAUCUGCUGCUGAAAGGUCCGAUCGCCAUUAUUAUUAUUAUUAUUAUUAUUGGCAGCAUAUCGGUGUGGUGGUACACGCUUCCGCAGUACUCCAGUGACGAUCGGUUCGAUCCAACAGUGCGACGAUCUUCAGGUGCCUGUCCACAACCCCCGGUCAACGGUCUACGCCGACGUGCACUACAUAUACCUACUAUAUUCAGAUUCCGUCUUUACUCCAGCCGCUGGUCCAUAUUAUUAUAACAGCCAACUCGCACAUCACGUCGCACGAAUUCGAACGACGAAAGCAAUGAGUGUGCCAAUGGAAUUGGACGAUCCCGCGACGGAGGCGGUACCGCUGGACUUGACGGUGAAAAAGGAGAACGACAGCGCUAGCUCGGCGGCGGUGAAGAAACGUGACGGACCGGCGGAGGAAUCGGCGGGAGACGCGCCGCCGCCGUCGAACGGCCAGAACGGCGGUAAACCGACGCCGCUGGACCUGAGCGCCGGCAGAACGUUGUCGUCUCAGGCACCGCCGCCGCCGCCGCCACCACCGCCAUCGUCCGCGAACGUCGCCCAACGUGCCACCGUGGUGGUGCUGUCGCCGAAGGUGCAGGUCGCUCCGCCACCGCCGCCGUCUCCACCGCCGAAGUCGAAGCCACCAUGCAAGGGCUAUUGGACGCCGGACUCGUCGUCGCCACUGAUGCCCGAACACUUGGCACCACUGCACGGCAUAUACGCCGACGCCGCCGCUUACCGGCACAUGAUCUCGUCCGCAACCGUUCCCGAGUACAACCCGUUCCUGCCCGUGCUCCCGCCGUCAGCUCAGUUCCACCAUCACAACCACUUCCAGCAGCAGCAGCAGCAGCAUCUGCAUAUCCAGCAACAGCACCAGCUCCAUCUCCAGCAGCAGCUCCAGUUGCAGCUGCAGAUGCAGCAACAGCAGCAACACCACCAGGAACAGCAGCAGAAGCUCCAGAAGCAAAAGCUCCAGCUGCAAGCCGCGUACGGCGGUCUCCCGAUAGACCCCACGUUGUUGUUGACCGGCAGCCCGGUGUAUGCGGCCACGUCGUCGCCGUCCUCGUCCGAGUCCAACCACUUCCCGUUCGGCGGAUUCGAUUGCGGCUUUUCCAAGCCGCCCUUCGGUUUCGGUUACCCUUACUACGAAAGGAUGCUCGACGGCAGAGUGAUUGGUGGAGCGUGUGGGGGCAUAGACAUCAGCGCCAACCGGUCUGAUUGUCCGUCGCCCGAGUCGACGACCACGUGCACGACGACCACAGACGACCAUCACCACUUCAACCACCAUCACCACCAGCAGCAGCAGCAGCGAGACCUGGACCGAGAGCACCAUCACCGCAUCAAGGCGUGCGACAUGGACGACCUGGACGUCGUGGACCCCGAGGAGGUGGCAGCCAUAUACAGACAGUCGGACUUCUUGUCGUUUCGGCACAGGUACAUGGAGAGCUUGGGACCGCCGAGGAACUUUGAGAAAAUGAGGCGGUCUAGCAACAACAACAACAACAACAGCAGCAGCAGCAGCAACAACAACGACGACCACCGGAUGACGUCCGGCCAACAGCAGUACGACCAGACGUACGUCAUGAAGCGGCAGAAGAACAACGAGGCGGCCAAGCGGUCGCGGGACGCCAAACGGCAGAAGUACAUCGAGAACCAAAUCAGCGUCAUGUACCUGACCAAGAAGGUGAGUGAGAUGAAAGACAUUAAGAGACGGUUGCUCAAGUCUAUGUGAUGCUCGCCGAGUAGGUAUGCUGUUACUGAUAUUUGUACGUAUGUUAUCAAUAUAUUAAGCUAGAAUACUGUAUUAUGCAUGUAUACUUCAGUUUUCCGUAUCACUUUUCAAACCAUAUUUUUUGUAAUCACUGUCAAAAUUAUAUACGACUAAGUAUUCUAAUUGUAUUAACACUACCCUGGGUUGCAGUGUCGGGUAAAAAUAAACCAUGAUUACCCGGUGAUUUAAGUUUAUAAAAAUCGUACUUUAAAUACAUUAAUUUAAUUAGCCAAUAACAUAUAUUAAGUCAAUAUAAUGUUUCAUUAGUCAUUACGAAAUUAGUUUUCCUCGUAGUUAAACUUUACUGUGACACCAUUAAUUGUUUCAAAUACAAUAAUUGUAAUAUUUUUAUUAUUGACAAAUUCAAUGGAUAUAAACUAUAAUUGAAAUUUAUUCAUUUUAAAUUUUACUUGAAAUCGAAAUCCUUAUAAAUUUAUAUCAAACAAUCGGUUAAUUAAAGUUUUUUAGUAUCAAACACUGCUAUUAUAGUUUGACGAAGGUUGUACUUGUAAAUAAUAUAGUAUUAUACCUUAUACAGUAAUGACGUGCCGGAGUGAGAGUUUUUCACACGCGAAAAAACGGUUUAAGGCUGUUUUUACUGGUCCGCUUAGAUAGAUAUUAACAUCGAGUUGAACUGUUUUGUAUAAAUCCGUGGUAGUUAAAAACUUUCGACACGCCACGGUCGCUAAUAAUAUAUUAUGUAAAGGCUUACGUCAGUGUAAGCCGUCGAUUUCUGUUUGUUUUUUUUUUUAGUUCUUACGACGGAAUGGCGUGGAGCCUAUCUACCGCCUUUUUACUAUGAUAAUUUACACUUACCCAACUAAGCCUUGGUUUGGUAUUUUAAAUUGUUGGAAAAAAAAUAUUUGUUUCAUAAAAAAAAAUCGAAUUAACAUCAAACAUUUAUUUCACUCGAAAAUGCUAUAAAGUCGACUAUUAGGCCCCCAGAGUUUUGUGUUUAUAAACAAAAAUUAUUAAUACUUAAUUAAUCAAAAAUUAUUUAUAUUAAUGUAUAAUAUUGUGAUUUGUGAUAACUGAUUUAUAACAGCCAGGGGUGUUCGUCAAAACAUCAGUCUCGGUCAUAGUGUCUUGACACAAUAAUAGGGUGCCAAGUGGUACAUAGCCAUACAGGUAUGACACAAUGUAGUAAACUGUAAUAUAUUACAUAAUAUUAUAAUACUAAAAUAAACAGGAUAUUAAGACUGAUGUUUUGUCACACUAUUUGGACGUAUUUUAUUUUUUUGCUAUUUAGAUUUAAUAAUAAAUAUAAUUUUAUAAUAAAUAGAUUAUAAUAUUUUUGUCUAUAUACAUGUACUGCAAUUGUAUGGUGUUUUAGAUUUAAUUGUGAAUUUAUUCUUUAAUUAUAUUAAAACAUACAUUAAUUUUGCAAUUGAUAUUUUUAUAUACUAUAUACUUAUUUCAUUAUAUAUAUAUUAUAAUAUAAUACGCGUUUUUGGACACUUUUUUUUAAAUUUUGUAUACGAUAUUAAUGCUGUUUUGAGAUGUCAAUUAUUUUUAUUUAAUACAUUUCUAUUUUGUUCGAAUAAUGUGUUUUCUGAUCCAAAUGAUAUAUAUUGUAUAUAAUAGCGUUCCUUUAUAAUGAAAACUAUUUCGCGCCUUUUGUGUGAAAGGGUAUUUAAAGACUGCACAUUUUACCAAUAUAUACGUCAAAUAUAGUCAAUAUACGCUGCUGCAGAGUCGUUAACGUUCUAAGUUUUUGUUCAAUUGUGUCUAUUCGAUGCGAGGUAUUUAACUGUAUAGUGAUAAAUGUGCUCUUGACGACUUGACCAUGCCCGCGACUUAAAUAGAGGUACCUAUACAUAGGUAUAAUAGCGGUGUACAUUACAAUAAUAGUAAUAAUGAUGGCCGUCUACGAACCUAUUCUCUAACGACGCGGACACCAUUAUGCGUUAUUAAAAUUUCCGGGGCAUGUAUCCUGGGUAAACAAUAUUGUACAUACUUAACGUUCAAUGCUCAAAAUCCCUGAAUGGUCUCACACUAUAUGCAGUAUAAUAUAGUCCUGUAGACUGUCCACCUAAUCAUUUUGUAUUAUAAUAAAAUUGUCGUGGGUAGACUACAUUGUACAAAAAAAAAAAAUUAAUUCUACUGGAUUUCGGGCGGAAACGGACGUGUGUUUGCCUAAAUUGGAAUUUACAAAUGGACUAUUAUUUUGUAAGCUAUACCACAGACUGUGCGAAUCACCUUUCCCACCCCUAUCUACAGUGCCUGCAGGCAAUAUUAUAAUAGUAAUUUUUAUACGGGACUAUAUUCUUAAUAUUGGGGUGUAAUGUACAUUUAGCGCGCUUUAAAUAGAUACAUUAUACUUAUAUUAUAAUAUGUACUUGUAGUAUACGGUAACGAUCGCCGUUAAAAAAAAACCUAUUUAAACGAUAUCGCCGUCGUUAUAUUAUAUAGUAUACUGAAUUUUCCGGUUCUAAAAUCUCGCGCACGAUGAUAAAUAGUUAUAAAACUACUAUAAAAUUAAUAUUUAUAUUUACACAAAGUACACGUACAAUACGCUGAAUGCCUGCGCACUUAGUGGUUAUUUACACGAACUUUCGACAUAAUUAAAUGAACCGAUUGCAAACUCGUUAAAUUAUAAACAUAUUGAAUUAAAUUACUCGUCAUUAUAACUUACCUAUAAUAUUUUAUGUUAUUAAAAAUGUGUAUGAUCCGUUCCUUUUUUUUUUUUUUACGAAUCAUUUAGGUACUCAGAACACUCAGGUAAAACUAGUACAAUAGUAGUACGUACAAGCAAUAUGCAUAACAAUCUACGUAUGAUAUAUCCUUAUAUAUUAACGAGUGCAUAAUUUUUCAAAAAUGAGUACUUUUAUUUAACUUUAGAUUUAAAAAAUACAAUAUACGCAUGGGACUGCCAUAUAUUUGUUUUCGUUUUGUGGGAAAAAAAAUAAAAUGCAAAAUUUGAUAUGAAUGUUGCAUUUAUGGUAUUCCGGUUAGCAAUAAAGAAUUUUAAACGAUUUUGAGUAAUACUUAAUAAGUAUAGAGGAUAACGCCUAUGGUCGGUUAUCGAUAAUUAUAAUUCUGAGAAUUAAAUUCCCAAUCUAUGUUGUCUUAUCGGGACGUUAACUAUAACCCUAUUGUUUACGAAUGAACUUAAACAUCAUUGUUUUUGUACAUAAGUGUACUAUGCGGCGAAAAUGUAUACAAUUUUAUUUGAUUUUUGAACUGAUUACCUAUGAUGCGAUUCAAAUUUUUAACAUGUACAGCAAAUUUAUGAACUACCGAGUAAAAAUAUGCAAAUGCUUAAAUUUUCGGUCUCUAAUAAACUUAUCAACAAGACAUCAAACGAUAAUAAAUCUCUCUUUGACUUUGAAUCAACGAGUUAUCUUAAAUUAUUCAUUGCAUUGCAAACUCGCAUACUAAUAUAUAACUUGGUAUACUGAUCAUUGAAUACACAGUAGUUAUCUUUAUAAUCCUUUAAUACUUAGUUAAAUACAAAAUACAGUCGAAAUUAUUUUUAUCACUUAAAACUAAAAGGUGAGUUUUCUGUAGUAUUAUAAUAUAAUCUCCUUUAGCUAUGUAUUAAAUUAUUAAAAUUAAGAAGUAAUUUUUUAAACAUUUAAAAGGCAUAAAUGUCAAUUUAAAUAUCUAUAUCUAUCUAUUUUGUUCAUUAAAAAAUAUAUUGUAGUUAAUUACAAUUUACUUAUUUUGUCGUACAUUUUUUUUUACCUGAUAUAUCAUUAUGUUUUUCUGCCGUAUACGUUAUUAUUAGGUGCAAUCUUACAUGUAUUUAUAUUAUCAAUCUUGUAUUAUAUAGUUAUUUGUAUUUCUUUUUAUAUACGAUAUUUGAAUUCAUGUUUUUGUUGUUAUAACGUUGUACCUACCAUAAUUUAUAAACUAGAGAAAUCACUUUAUUAUAUAGCAGGGACAAAUAUACCUCGUCAUUGGACAAAAUACUGUAAUAGAUGUGUUAAAAUUAUAAUUCAGUGGUAUACUUUUACAUUGUGGUAUCGGAAAUAAUUCUGAACUAAGACUGCCAAUUAGCUUAUAUUUCUCAGGAUAUUUUAUAUUUUUAUUCUAUAUUCAUCGCAUUUGCUAUUAGUAGUUUAUUUUUCAAUGAGUAGGUUCGAUUAAUAUUAAAAUGUUUAAAUAUCCAAUUUUGUCAAAAUUUGAACUUCAAAUGCUAAUAAAAUCUUGUAAAACAUUUUCAGGUGUUUUAACCAUGC